CCACGGUAUGUUCACACCCAUUUAACUCUUACCACGUGUUCGUAUACUUUCCUUAUUACUUAACGGAACCGUCACCACCCGUCACGGCCCAUCUCUCUCUAUCUCACGACACUCUUCUUCCGUUAAACCUCUUCUGCUCUCUUCCUUCAACGUCCUAGCCCCGUCUCUAACGUUACCGUUCACCAAGACACCCUAACCCUAACGUCGCCUAAUGGCCUCUUGUGACGACGAUUUUCCACUUCUCGGUGACGACCACCACCACCAGAUCUACCAACAACAACAACAAAUAGAACGAUCGCCCUACACGUCUCAACGUUUCGAGCCUGGACACCCGUCGCAGCCUCAACGGAUCUCCGAGAACAUCGGCGUGCGAUGUGGAGACAAAGAAGAAGAAGAAGAAGAAGAAAACGUUAUUGAUUCGGCUUUCAAUUCUGGUGCCAACAGCAAUCAUAAUUCUCAAAUUGCGGCUUCACGGACGGUGGAGAAAAGGAAAGAUCGGGAAGAUGUCAGCAAUGGAGACGUUAGUAAUCUCAGUAGCCCGUACAGUUCGAAGAAGUCGAAGCAGUAUCAGAACGAGUACAGGAAGGAUCGGGAGGAGUGGAGCGACGCGGCGAUCGCGUGUCUUCUGGAUGCGUAUUUGGACAAGUUUAUGCAGCUGAAUAGGGGGAAUCUGAGAGGAAGGGACUGGGAGGAGGUGGCAGCGACGGUGAGUGAGCGGUGCGAGAAGCACAGCAAGAGUGUGGAGCAGUGUAAGAACAAGGUUGAUAAUUUGAAGAAAAGGUAUAAGUUGGAGCGGCACAGAAUGAAUAAUGGUGGAAUUUCGACCAGUCAUUGGCCGUGGUUUAAGAGGAUGGAACAAAUUGUUGGAAAUUCAGUUCCUGUUAAGAAUGUGGCUGAUGAAGAUAAAGGGAGUGUCUCUUCCAUUUCUAAUUCGGUUAGGCAAUCCAAGAGAUACAUUGCAGCCACGCCAAGCACAACAGUUCCUAUAAAUAAUGUGAAGCCCAAGCCAAGCCCUAAAUGGCGGAGAGUAGUCUUCAAAAUUAGUGGUGCUGCUCUUUCUGGUGCUGACCAUAACAACAUUGACUCAAAGGUGGCUAUACUGAUUGCGGAAGAAGUUUCAGCUGCUUGCCGCUUGGGAAUAGAGGUUGCAAUUGUUGUUGGAGGUCGUAAUUUCUUUUGCGGAAAUACAUGGGUAGAUGAAAUGGGUUCAGAUAGAAGUACUGCUUACCAAAUUGGAAUGAUGGCAAGUGUGAUGAAUUCUAUAUUGCUCCAGUCUGCCUUAGAGAAGAUGGGUGUUCAGACACGUGUGCAAAGUGCUUUUCCAGUGCAGGAGAUUACUGAACCUUACAAUAGGCAACGAGCUAUUCGACACCUUGAGAAAGGGAAAGUUGUAAUAUUUGGUGGCAUUGGUGCUGGGAUUGGAAAUCCACUCUUUUCCACGGACACAGCUGCGGCUCUUAGAGCUACAGAGAUUAAUGCUGAGGCUGUCGUCAAAGGUACCAAUUUUGAUGGAUAUGACUUCUGCUCCGGGGACAGCAAUGCUUCUUUUAAGCACAUCUCUUUCAGGGAGUUGGAGUCUAGAGGUGUAAUACCAAUGGAUUCAAUGGCACUCUCAUUCUGUGAGGACAAUGGCAUACCUGUUGUGAUCUUUAAUCUUCUAGAGCCUGGAAACAUCCUCAAAGCUAUAAGUGGAGACCAAGUUGGUACAUAUAUUGAUAUACCUGGAAAGAUUGCCUAAUCUGUGGAUCCUUUCAUUCCGGUGCCUUACCAGGUGUCAUCACCUAACUACUUCUCGCUAACGCUAUUACUUUUAAGUAUCAAUUAACCGUAAUUUGGCUGCGCGGCUACACCAGGUUAUGCUUGGAUGGUAAUUUCUUUUUUUCUUUGGAUAUAUACUUCUGGAGAAGUUUUUGAUUUUCUGAUGUUAUAAAUUAAUCGAUGAUUUGAAUCUCUUGCUUGAUGUUGAUACUGCUUGUAUCUUUUUACUUGUAAAAUUUAUUGACUUAUUAGAAGUGUUAGAUAAGGAUAGUCUUUACUGGAUUGAUUAGCGGUUAACCUUGCUUGUAGUAUUAGCAAGUAGUACCAAUACUGAUGCUGAAUAGAAUCUAUGGAUGUAAUCAGGGGUUCAUGUAUAGUGAAAUUCGAAUUAUUAUAUAUAAUACUGCAUCUCAUGAUCUUCAA